AUGUAUGCAGCAUUCAGUGAUGGUUUCAACUAUUACCUGGAUGUUUGCUUGUCCGUUUCAGGAGGACCAAAGUCAAUCGCAAACCACAAAAAGCUGCCACCUGGCGAGGGAAAGGAGAUAGUCCUGGUGUUCUUCAAAAUCCGACCUGAAGCAGUGACCGAGGAGAACAUGCGUCAAAUCGGUACUCCCAUCUUCUGCCACCUGCUGCCACCUGGCGAGGGAAAGGAGAUAGUCCUGGUGUUCUUUAAAAUCAGACCUGAAGCAGUAAAUGAGGAGAACAUGCGUCAAAUCGGUUACUCCCAUCUUCUGCCACCUGGCGAGGGAAAGGAGAUAGUCCUGGUGUUCUUCAAAAUCCGACCUGAAGCAGUGACCGAGGAGAACAUGCGUCAAAUCGUGUUCAUAGUCUCUAUGCCGGACUCUCCCGUAGUGGCACUCUAUUACACCGUACAGCGGAUAUUCGCUCCAACUCUUCUAAAGGACGACAGCUGGAGCCAGUGUGUGGACCCAAGGCUACAGUCGAUGUUGACGGAGUUAGAGGCAAGUCUGCGGUGUGUGGUGCUGCGGACACAAGACCAGUCCAUCUCUCCUUCAGCAAGCCUAGCUGAGAUUAUGACUGUGGAGGACGAGCUGCAGUUUUGGAAAGGAUGUUGGAACCAGGCGAGAAAGAAAAUUGACCAAGAACGAGCUAAAGGUUUUACAGAAGCACUGGAGCCGUUAGCUACAGCCUUCAGGCAGCUGGACAGGAUGGAAUUACCAGAGGCUGAGGAUGUGCUGGAGACAGCGCACGUGGUGCUGGACGAUCUCUGGAAGCUGGACGAGUUCCAGUACCCACAGCAGAGGAUGGAACAUCUCAUGGAGGUCAUUGGUAAAACCAUAACGCGGUUCAUACAACAGAAAACAAAGUCGGAAAACAUUUGGGAAGGAGAUUUUAUUGAAGUGGAAGCCAAAUUGUUGACGUGUCUCGGCUCGUGUAACAAGUGGAUCCAGACCUGCGAGCGGCUCACCACACUGUUCUGGCCCAACUAUUCACUUCACCGAUGGUCCGGUCUGCCCUACCGGCCCGUACACAUUUCUAGAUUUUACAUGCGACUUGAAGAGAUUUUGAACAUACGCACGGUGGACAGACAGCUGACUAAGUUGCUUUCUCCAACAGAACAAGCCCAGUUAGAUACUUCUGCCAAUUUUAACCCAUUCUCAGGUGUGAAUGCUGUCCAGUACAACCCGUACACAGAGCCGAUGUGGCAAGCCGCAGUGCGCCAGUUCGAACUACACAUCCAGCCUGCGGAAGAGAGGGUCGCUGCCAAACUCAAGCAUCAGCUCAGAAACGCCAAUCUGAACACACUUCAGUUGAUGGCCGAGUUUAAGCGGUAUCAAGAGGUGAUGCAGCGUCCGGCGAUACAGAAAGCGCUGGUAGGCAGAGAGGGAAACCCUGUUAUCUCAGCUACAAGACUAUGUAGCCAGUGUUCAAGUCGAGCCGGAUGA